GCCGAGCUCUUUCCGGGAUCAAUGCAUCGUUCGCAGCGAAGUCAAAUUGUGCAAAGCAUCAGCUCUCUCCCGGUUGGACCCAUGUGUACCUGCCCUAACACUCAUUAUUUCUGUUGAGGACGUACGGUACGACCUCACAUGCACUUUCCGCUCACAGACUGCGAAGUUGUGCAGCAGCAGCUUGCAAACAUUUCGGUAAAGGUCUUAGCCGGUGACUACAAAUCAGGGGUAGACCACCAACAUAUGAUCCGAUGCUUGAAAGAAUCGUCAAAUACAGUAAAUUGAUAACAAUCGCCAUACUGGUGGUAUAACAAGGCGGCAAGAUCAAAUCUAUCACUAUCAUCUUCCUGCCAAAAUGUCAAGCAAAUCCAUCCUUAUGAUCAACGGACCAAACCUCAACCUCCUUGGAACCCGGGAACCACACAUCUACGGAUCCGAGACGCUGAAAGAUGUCGAGAAUUCAGCGCAACAACAAGGCUCAGAUCUAGAUCUCAAGAUCGCCACCUUCCAAUCAAACCACGAAGGUCAUAUCAUCGACCGCAUCCACGAAGCCAGAGGCGACUGCGACUAUAUCAUCAUCAACCCGGGAGCUUUGACACAUACAUCAGUUGGCAUUCGCGACGCACUCGGAGGUGUAGCUAUUCCUUUUGUCGAAGUCCAUAUUAGUAAUGUGCAUUCUCGGGAGGAGUUUAGGCACAAGAGCUUUUUGAGCGACAAAGCUGUGGCUGUCAUUUGUGGACUUGGUACAUAUGGCUAUACUGCAGCCAUCGAUUUUGUGGCGAGAAAAUUGGCUGUGAAGAAAGAUUGAGCACUUCGUGUAUCUACAAAUUCGAGAUCAUUCGAAGAAGUCGAGAUCAACUGCAAGACAGUGCAUAAGGCUAUCAUCUGUAGUUUUUUUGCAAAGGCUCUGUCUGAUAUAAAAUCCCAUUUACCCAGAUCACAUGGAUGUUACACUGCCCAAACUUUCAAU